AUGGUGUUAAAAUCUACGUCUGCUGGAAAUGUGUCGGUGUACCAAGUCGCCGGUACUAAUGUAUCCAGAGCCUUGCCCGACUGGAUUGCAAAGAAAAGAAAGAGAGCAUUAAAGAACGACGUGGAGUACCAAAAUAGAAUCGAACUUAUUCAAGAUUUUGAAUUCAGUGAAGCAUCCAACAAGAUCAAAGUAUCUCCAGAUGGUCAGUUUGCCAUGGCUACAGGUACUUAUAAGCCUCAAAUUCAUGUUUACGAUUUUGCAAAUUUGUCUUUGAAAUUUGAUAGGCAUACUGACUGUGAAAAUGUUGACUUCAUAGUGUUAUCCAACGACUGGACUAAGUCCGUUCACUUGCAGAACGAUAGGUCUAUCGAGUUCCAUACCAAGGGAGGUAUUCAUUAUAGAUCCAGAAUCCCAAAGUUUGGUAGAAGCAUAGCAUACAACUCCUCCAACUGUGACUUAUUGAUUGGAGCAUCCGGAAAUGAAUUAUACAGAUUGAACUUGGAUCAAGGUAGAUUCUUGAACCCUUAUGUUCUUGACACUGAAGAGGGAGUGAACUCUGUGGAUAUUAACUCUGUGCAUGGAUUAAUUUCUGCAGGCUUGGAAGACGGUACGGUGGAGUUCUGGGACCCCAGAAGUAGACACCGGGCUGCCAAGCUUCACGUGGCCGAUGUCUUGGGAGAGAAUACCCAAGUAACCCAAGUAAAAUUCAGAAAUGAUGGGUUAAACUUCGCAUGUGGUACCUCAAGUGGUAAGUCACUCAUCUACGAUUUGAGAAAUUCUACUCCAUCUAUUGUAAAGGACCAAGGGUACGGCUUCGAAAUCAAAAAGAUCUUGUGGUUGGAUGAAAAUAAGUCGGAUUCAAAUAAGAUCUUGACAUCUGAUAAAAGAAUCGCCAAGAUUUGGGAUAGAAAUGAUGGUAAGCCUUUUGCUUCAAUGGAACCAAGUGUUGAUAUCAAUGAUGUCGAAUAUAUAAAGGAGUCAGGAAUGUUCUUCAUGGCCAAUGAGGGUAUGCCAAUGCACACAUACUACAUCCCCGAUCUCGGUCCUUCUCCAAAGUGGUGUUCAUUCUUAGACAAUGUUACCGAAGAAUUGGAAGAAAGACCAUCGGAUACCGUUUACUCCAACUAUAGAUUCAUUACCAGAGAUGAAGUUGCCAAAUUGAACUUGGCUCAUUUGGUGGGCUCCAAGGUCUUGAGAUCCUACAUGCAUGGUUUCUUUAUAGAUACCGAGUUAUACGAUAAGGUUAACUUAAUUGCCAAUCCUAACUCCUACCGUGAUCAAAGAGAAAGAGACAUCAAGAAGCAAAUUGAGAAAGAAAGAGAAUCCAGAAUCAGAUCCACUGGUGCUGUUACCAACACUAAGAUUAAGGUCAACAAGGACUUGGCAACCAAGAUUCAAUCGAAGUCUGGUGAUUCUGUUGCUGAAGGUAUUAUUAAUGAUGAUCGUUUCAGUGAAAUGUUCUCCAACCCAGAUUUUGCUAUUGAUGAACAAUCUCACGAAUAUAAACAACUUAAUCCUGUUCAAUCCACUAAAGAUAUUACAACUGAUAGACCUAGAGGGUUAACGGCAGCUGAAGAAUCUGACGAAGAAAGAAUGAGAGGUGACAAUGCCAGCGAAUCCGAGGAUUCCGAAGAAGAGUCUGAGGAGGAAGACCAAGAGUCCAAGGCUCAAAAGAACCAAAGGGUCCAAAAGGAAAUGGAAAGAUUGCGCAGAAAGAAGCAAGAAGAGGCUGACGCAAAGAAAUUUAUGAAUGAAAUGAAGGUCAGAACUGAAGAAGAACCACAUCAAAAACAAUCAGAAUCCUUUGGAAGUCAAGUCAAGAAAAUUAACAAGAUUUCCAAGGACAGAAAUGACGGUUCCAGAUUGCGUCGUCACGCUAGAGGAGAGGCUGAAUUGACCUUUAUCCCUAAGAAAGAACAAAAGAAGAAGGAGGUCAAGUUCAGAGCCGAUGACGACGAAGAUCCAGAGAGGGCCCAGAACAGUGGUAGAACCAAGCAAAGAUUCCAAGGACGUAGAACUGCUUCGAAGAACUCUUUCCGUGGAAUGUAA